CAUGAUGUUUCAAAGAUACCCAGUCCCAUACAUAGGUAGUGUUCUGAUACUUUCCACACUGUUUAUAAAUGUAUGCAGAUCUUUUACCAUAUUAACUGUCUUUGCAUUAAUUCUUUUUGUCCAGGAUUCCCUUACAGCUAGCAGGUGUACAGUAUAAGUUUGGCCGUAGAUCUGUGGAAGAGAGGAUAUGAAUAGCAACGCAGAUAAAGUGAUGACCAAGAGUCUGGACACACCGCUGUGGCUAUUUCUUGCUGAAUACUUUGACAUUCAACAAUAGAAUAAUGUCAGAGGAUGUUGACAGCUGUCAGAGAUUAAGCAGACAUGGACGCUCACGGGAAACAAGGUGAAGUUUACCUACAACAUCAGAAACACGGUGAGAAGUGGAAGCGAUAUUGGUUGGCCCUUCAUCCGGCUAGUCGGCACGGCGUGGCACGGUUAGAAUUAUCAGAAGCCAUUCAUGAACGGUCAACUGUGGUGGUCAGACGACAUCCAGAGAGGAAAGUUGUACGUCUAGCCGACUGUGUGAGUGUUGUCAAGCUGCCUCCUCAUGCAGAAGCUUGUCCAGGGGAAAACAUGGCUGCUUUCUGUGUGGAGAUGGAGGACAAGAGGCUCGUGUUUGCAGCAGAGAAAGAAAGCUGCGGAAAAUGGGUGGACAUAAUAUGUAACAAUGCCUUUCAGAAGCACACUAAAAGUGUGCCACAGCCGGUACCUCUUAUGGAGGACAAUCAGAUCUACAUGUCCAGAGAACAAUUGUGGGAUUUUAAAGUGGUUGUACUGCAGAACGAGGCUUCAGUUCGAUGUGGCCUGAAAGGACAGUACUGGCUACAAGCUGGUGAGGACAUGCUAGUUCUUCAAGAUCUGGAGACCAGGAGGACUGUGAUGGAGUGGCCAUAUAAGCUGCUGCGCCGCUAUGGGCGAGAUAAGAUGGUGUUUUCUAUAGAAGCAGGCAGGCGCUGUGAAUCAGGCCCCGGAACCUUUAACUUUGAGACCCGACAGAGUGACGAGAUCCUUCGCCUUACUGAGUCAGCUAUUCACCUACAGAAGAGCCUUGCCGUUACUGGAGACAGGCACUCGCCACAUUCUCCACGUUCCCGUUCUCCUCGCUCACCCCUUCCAAGACGCCCUGAUAGUUUUAUUGUGCUUGAUACGAAAGGCAGCAACAGCCCACAGCCUUCAGACACAAAACUGCCCUUGAUCCCGAAUCUAGCAGAUUCUCUUGGCCCAAACACAAGUCCCAGUGGCUUAACCGAACCUGCGUAUGCAAACCCUGCAGAUUCCAUUAGCUCCUCAAAAAGCACAUACUCAGAUCCUGGUGGCGGUAUUAGCUUGACUGAGCCAGUUUAUUCAAAUCCUGCCAUUUUAAUAGGCAGACAUGAACCUGUGUAUGCAGAUAUAAAGACAGCGCCUCUCCCAACUCAUCAUAGGGAUGAAUCAGAACCAGUGUAUUCUGAUCCUGCAGAUGUCAUCCGCCUGAAACCUAACUGUUGUGUCCAUGCCAACCCUACUGACACGAUGGACUGCCGGCCAGUCAACACAACGCCUAACAAUGACAAGCAGCAAGAACCAGUGUACUCUGAGGUGUAUGACCAUGUCAAACUAAACACAAGUAAAAGACUUGACCAGACUGAGGAGCCGAUUUAUAGCGUACCUCAGGUUGUACAGUCAACUCAAAACAACAGCUCUCAACAAAGCAAAAUGUCCGAUGAGAACCAACCCAUCUACAGCAAAGUCUACAAACCACCCAAAACCCCUCAGCCUCUCCAAGAAAAGAAGCUAAGCCAAACACCAGCGGUCGUCUCCGAGGACCUUGGAAUGAUUUAAUUAAAUCUGUAACAAAGUCUUCACAAGUAUCUCUUAAUAUUUAAUAUUUGAAAUGUUAUCCCCCCACCCAAUAAUUCCAUUAUUUACUAAUCCAUUCUACAAAAUGUUGUGGAAUGAUACGAUGACUUGAUAAAUUUUACAAGCCCAAAUAUGUUGCAUGUAUUGUUUAUAUAUUUUCUUGUUGUACCAAAGCACAAUUAAAUGUUUCUUUUAUGAGAUGAAUGCA